AUGAAAGCCACGGAAGGCGGCGCACGUGAUUCAUCUAUUGAGACUAGAAUUCUUGACGAGUUGACUAAUAUUAAUGACGAUAUUGACGAUUUGGUGCGGACGGCAUCCAGAGAGCGCCAAGUGGCAGAACGAAAAAACGAGGAGCAAGAGUUGAAAAGGAGCCAAGACGGAAAGAUCAGCAAAAAGCAAAAGAAGAAUCUCGACCAAAAGUACAAGUUGGCGGUGAACAAAAUUGAGGUCUCUUGCUUGGUAUAUGUUCCUAAUGAAGGAGAGGAUGAUUAUACUCUAGGGGAGGAGAACGACGAUGAUUUUGACACUGAAUCACUCAUGUCAGGCGUUGACGAUAAACCGUAUAUCGAGCAGCCUGGAGAUGGUGAGGGUGGCGAAUCUGAAAAGCAACCGCUACCAAAAGAGAUCUAUGAGAUUCGUUCCAGAAUGGGUGGUCGCGAUGGACCCCUUUUCCACCAUGUAGACGCUAAAUUACGUGGAGAAAGAAACAAUGAAGCAGAGGAAAAGCUUAAGAGUUUAGCAAGCGAGGUGGACAAAUUCUGCGAACUCAAAGGUAUCAGCCUAUGCGUUAGACGACAGCCAAAUUGA